AGGAGCGCGAGUGGAGUGUGAGGCGGGCGCGUGGGCCGCCCGCGGGCGAGAGCGGGUGGGUGAGGAGCCCAGCCCGCAGCGGGGCCGCGCCAGGCCGCCGCCGCUCCACCCCGCUUCUCCGCUGAGGUGCCGGGCGGCCGGGCGGGGAACCCAGGCCUGAGCCGGCGCCGGGGCCUCCGGGGCCCUGCCGGGCUCAGCAUGCCCGGGGUGAAGCUCACCACCCAGGCGUACUGCAAGAUGGUGCUGCACGGCGCCAAGUACCCGCACUGCGCCGUCAACGGGCUGCUGGUGGCCGAGAAGCAGAAGCCCCGCAAGGAGCACCUGCCCCUGGGCGGCCCCGGCGGCCCCCACACCCUCUUCGUGGACUGCAUCCCCCUCUUCCACGGCACCCUGGCCCUCGCCCCCAUGCUGGAGGUGGCCCUCACCCUGAUUGAUUCAUGGUGCAAAGAUAAUAGCUAUGUGAUCGCCGGUUAUUACCAAGCUAAUGAACGAGUCAAGGAUGCCAGUCCCAACCAGGUUGCAGAAAAGGUGGCCUCCAGGAUCGCCGAGGGCUUCAGCGACACAGCUCUCGUCAUGGUGGACAACACUAAGUUUACGAUGGACUGCGUGGUGCCCACGAUCCACGUGUACGAGCACCAUGAAAACAAAUGGCGGUGCAGAGACCCACACUAUGAUUACUGUGAAGACUGGCCAGAGGCCCAGAGGAUCUCCGCGUCACUCCUGGACAGCCGGUCGUACGAGACCCUUGUGGAUUUCGAUAACCACCUCGAUGACAUCCGGAAUGACUGGACGAACCCGGAGAUCAACAGGGCCGUCCUGCACCUGUGCUAGGGAGCUGCGUGCGAGACUGCCCUCGGGCCUGCGCCCUGCGCCCCGGAGGAGAAAGCUAUUUUUAAAUGUAAAUAAGAUCUCCCCUAUAGCCUGCGUGGGGAGCUGACAGUUUCCCAGGCGGCAUGUGUCCUGACAGAGCGCAGGACGUCCGUCAGCCGGCUUCUUAGUUAACGCAGAGUCGCUGGAGGAGGUCCAGAGUGUCCCGUCCGACCGCCCCUGCGGAGUCCCUCCCAGUUGUAUGUUGCUCUGAUCCUCCAAAUCGGAGCUGUUUCUGCUUGUCCGAGAUUGUUCCUAUUAAACAGUUUUAGCCUUUUAUAA